AUGAGUGAUAGCGACAAUGACUCCUAUGACCCGGCGGAGAACAGUGGCACAAGAGCGGUGCAGAACUUAUCUAUCCCGCCGCAUUUCUUGGCCACUGUGGCUUCAAAAAGCAUCGCCCGUGAUGUUCCGGCUUCCCUGCCGCAGCCAUUGGCCCACCAAGUAGAAGAGGCGACCAGGAAGGAAUCUACAGCGGUAUCUUCUGAAACAGUGGACUUGAAAAACUCCUUAACAUCCCUGAGCCUUCGUCUUCGCGGGGCAGCGGGCCGGGUUUCUUCCAUCUGUCUUAAUCCUUUGGGUUCAACACUCUGCAGUGGUACUGAGGGAGGCUCUGUGUGUAUGUGGGAUUUUUCGGUUCCUAUGGAAAGUUCUGCUUUAAGGCCCACGCGUGUUCUCACGCCAUUUCCCAAUCGCAUUUCUGGAUUUCAACCGGUUGUCUCCGUGCACUUUGCUAGCGAUGGAUCUUUUUUUGUUGCUUGUCAAGAUGGCGACUCGCCUGCUUUGAUCGCUGCAAAUGGCAAGCAGCUGGGGUACUGCGCUAUGGGACAGCGUGGUAUGGUGGAUGUUCUCCAGUGCAAAGGUCAUAGAGCACCAGUGACCUGCUCCGCACCAUCUCUCACAGAUCCCUCAAAGUUUUUUACGGGAUCACAGGACAGCACGGCUCGGGUUUGGGAUGCAGCGUCGUUUGAGCGACAGUCUGUCUACGCAGUGAAACACGGAUCUGGGCAACUGUUGGAGAAUGUUGUUGUGGAAACUGUUGCACCCAUUCUAAGCCUCAGCAAUGAGAAUAAGUCUGUCUUUGCUACCGGUGGGGAAGAUGGGUUGGUGCAGCUGUGGGAUACGCGUCAAAAGUAUCGGCCCGGUGGCGCACUCGGUGUACUGGAUUUGUACAGCGGCCAUACGGGUGUUUCAGCAAAGGUUAAACCCCCAAAUGAUGAAAUGUUUUUUGAGGAAAAACAUUUGGGUGGCAUGGUGGAGCCAGACACAUCCCGUCCUAUGCUUUGUGUGCGGCGGGGUUCUGAAGUGCGCGUGGUGGAUUUGCGGAAGAUGGGAAGGAGCGGCGUGAUUGAAGACGUUUGCCCACCGCUUACAGGUCUUCCAUUUACCACAGACACAACACCCUUAGUAGCGUGCACAAGUACCUUGUACUCACAGGAAAAACCAUCAUUCAUGACGUGCACUAGUCGAAAAGGCUACCGGCAAGUUGCAGGAGGUCAUGUUUUACAGUUUACAUACAUGGAUGGAGGUUAUGAGCCCACCAUGGUGUGGAGGCCCGGGGCCUCGGAGGAUGACGUUCUCUCCCUUGCUAUUGAUGUGAAGCACGGGCAGAUUUUUGCGGGAAUGCAGACUGGCGAUAUCGUUGGACGAGUCAAGCGAAUGGCUGUGGAUAGUUUUACUAACGAACCAACGCUUCAGACAUGGUUUGCCACACGGCCAGAACGCGGGAGACGUGUGGUGGGGGAAAAGUCUGGAAGAGAGAACACGAAUGGGGAUGACGAAGACGAUGAUUUGGUGUUUUAA